UAAAUGUCCUUCUGAGGUGAUAUUUGGCUAAUUUGGACGGUUCGUCUUUGGAGUACCUCGUCGACACAGGACUCUCCAAACCCUAACUUUCCAAAUCCAACCCCCCCAUUGAAUCAGCUGCAAUUCAUUCCUCCCCUCCCAACGUCCAUCAUGGCUAAGAAGCAAAUGACGGAGGACGAAAAGUUCCUCUUCCUGGACAAAGACUUCAUCAACAGUCCUGUGGCUCAGGCCGAUUGGGCAGCCAAGAAGCUGGUGUGGGUGCCCUCCGAGAAGAAUGGCUUUGAGGCGGCCAGCAUCAAGGAGGAGCAUGGCGACGACGUGCUGGUGGAGCUGGCCGACAAUGCCAAGAAGUUGACCGUCAACAAGGACGACAUCCAGAGGAUGAACCCGCCCAAGUUCAGCAAGGUGGAGGACAUGGCCGAGCUCACUCACCUGAACGAGGCCUCCGUGCUGCACAACCUGAGGGAGCGUUACUUCUCUGGCCUCAUCUACACCUACUCCGGCCUCUUCUGUGUGGUGGUGAAUCCCUACAAAAUGCUGCCCAUCUACUCAGACAAAAUCAUUGAGAUGUACAAAGGGAAGAAGCGCCACGAGGUUCCCCCACACAUCUACUCCAUCACCGAUAAUGCCUACAGGAACAUGAUGCAGAAUCGUGAAGACCAGUCUAUUCUCUGCACAGGGGAGUCUGGGGCAGGAAAGACUGAGAAUACCAAAAAGGUCAUUCAGUAUUUGGCAGUUGUGGCCUCCUCCCACAAAGGCAAAAAGGACACAAGUGCUAAAACAGAAUCAGGAUCGGGGUUGUCUUUUGGAGAGCUGGAGAAGCAGCUGCUGCAGGCCAACCCCAUCCUGGAGGCCUUUGGUAACGCCAAGACCAUCAAAAAUGACAACUCCUCCAGAUUUGGCAAAUUUAUCCGCAUUAACUUUGAUGUGACAGGCUACAUUGUUGGAGCCAACAUUGAAACCUACCUUCUGGAGAAGUCUCGCUGUAUCCGACAGGCUAGAACAGAGAGAGCCUUCCACAUCUUCUACUACAUGGUGGCCGGAGCCAAGGACAAGUUACGAGAGGACCUGUUGCUGGAGCCCUGGAACAAAUACCGCUUCCUGCUUGAGGGCCACGUCCAGGUGCCAGGCGCCACGGAUGAAGACAUGUAUGAAGAGACCCUGGAGGCCAUGGACAUCAUGGGCUUCACAGACGAGGAGAGGAUAGAUGUCCAAAAGGUGGUCUCCACUGUGCUGCAGCUGGGGAACAUUGAGUUUAAGAAGGAGAGGAACCAAGAGCAGGCCACCAUGCCAGACAACACAGCUGCCCAGAAAGUGUGCCAUCUUCAGGGUAUCAAUGUCAUUGACUUCACAAAGGCUAUGCUGACACCGCGCAUCAAAGUGGGCCGGGAGGUGGUGCAGAAAGCCCAAACCAAAGAGCAGGCUGAUUUUGCAGUGGAGGCCCUGGCCAAGGCCAUGUAUGAGCGUCUGUUCCGUUGGAUUCUCGCCCGCGUGAACAAGGCUCUGGACAAAACCAAACGCCAGGGUGCUUCUUUCCUGGGAAUCUUGGAUAUUGCUGGGUUUGAGAUCUUUGAGGAUAACUCUUUCGAGCAGCUCUGCAUCAACUACACCAACGAAAGGCUGCAGCAGCUGUUCAACCACACCAUGUUCAUCCUGGAGCAGGAAGAGUACCAGAGGGAGGGCAUCGAGUGGAACUUCAUCGACUUCGGCCUGGAUCUGCAACCCUGCAUUGAACUAAUUGAAAGACCGAACAACCCUCCAGGCAUCCUGGCUCUGCUGGAUGAGGAGUGCUGGUUCCCCAAAGCCACGGACGUCUCCUUUGUUGAGAAGCUUGUUAACACACAAGGCAACCACACCAAAUUCUCCAAACCCAAACAGCUGAAAGACAAGACAGAGUUCUCUGUGCUUCACUAUGCUGGAAAGGUGGACUACAAUGCCACAGCAUGGCUGACGAAGAACAUGGACCCUCUGAAUGACAACGUGACUGCUUUACUCAGUAACUCCUCAAAUGCAUUCAUGGCUGAAUUGUGGAGAGACGCCGACCGUGUUGUGGGUCUGGACACCUUAGCCAAGAUGUCGGACAGUGGACCCAGUUCCUCCAAGACCAAGAAGGGAAUGUUCCGCACAGUGGGCCAGCUCUAUAAGGAGUCACUGGCCAAACUGAUGACCACUCUUCACAACACCCAGCCAAACUUUGUCCGCUGUAUCAUCCCCAACCACGAGAAGAGGGCAGGGAAGCUGGAUGCUAAUCUGGUGCUUGAGCAGCUGAGGUGUAACGGUGUGCUGGAGGGUAUCCGUAUUUGUCGGCAAGGAUUCCCCAACAGAAUUGUCUUCCAGGAGUUCCGGCAGCGAUAUGAAAUCUUAGCUGCCGGUCAUAUCCCUAAAGGCUUUAUGGAUGGCAAACAAGCUUGCUGCGUCAUGAUGAAGCACCUUGAUCUGGACGCAAACCUGUUCCGGAUUGGUCAGAGUAAGAUCUUCUUCAGGACAGGAGUCCUGGCCCAGCUGGAGGAGGAGAGAGACAUGAAGAUCACGGUCAUCGUCAUUGCCUUCCAAGCCCAUGCUAGAGGAUUCCUGGCCAGAAAGGCAUUCGCCAAGUUGCAGCAGCAGCUGACAGCUAUGAAGGUCAUCCAGAGGAACUGUGCCGCCUACCUCAAACUCAGGAACUGGCAGUGGUGGAGACUCUUCACCAAGGUCAAGCCUCUGCUCCAGGUGACCAGACAGGAGGAAGAGAUGAGCUUGAAGGACGACGAGCUGAAGAGAGUGCAAGAGUCAGCACAGAGAUUCGAGACCGAGCUGAAGGACAUCACCUUAAAGCACACUCAGAUUGUGGAGGAGAGGAACCAGCUCCAGGAGCAGCUGCAGGCUGAGACCGAGCUGUACGCUGAGGCCGAGGAGAUGAGGGUGCGUCUGGCCAGCAAGAAACAGGAGCUGGAGGAGAUCCUGCAUGAGAUGGAGGCCCGUUUGGAGGAGGAGGAGGACCGCUCCAUCCUCCUGCAGGAGGAGAAGAAGAAGAUGCAGGCGCAGAUGCAGGAUCUGGAAGAACACCUUGAGGAAGAGGAGGAUGCUCGCCAGAAACUGCAACUGGAAAAAGUCACCUGUGAGGGCAAGAUCAAGAAACUGGAGGAUGACCUCAUUGUUAUGGAUGACCAGAACAUGAAGCUACAGAAGGAAAGGAAACUGCUGGAGGAGAGGGUAGCAGACAUGAGCUCCAACUUGGCAGAGGAAGAAGAGAAGUCCAAGAAUCUCACCAAACUGAAGAACAAGCAUGAAUCUAUGAUCUCUGAACUUGAGGUCCGACUGAAGAAGGAGGAGAAGGGCAGACAGGAGCUGGACAAGGCCAAGAGGAAGCUGGAAGCUGAGUCAAAUGACCUGCAGGAGCAGAUAGCCGACCUGCUGGCACAAAUCGCUGAUCUGAAAUCACAGCUUGCAAAGAAGGAAGAAGAGCUCCAGAAUGCUUUGGCCAGGCUGGAAGACGAGUUGGCUCAGAAGAACAACGCCCUGAAGAAGAUCCGUGAGCUGGAGGGACACAUCUCAGACCUGCAGGAGGACCUGGAAUCAGAGCGUUCUGCCCGCAACAAAGCAGAGAAGAUGAAACGCGACCUGGGAGAAGAGCUGGAGGCCCUCAAGUCCGAGCUGGAGGACACACUGGACACCACGGCCACCCAGCAGGAGCUCAGGGCCAAGCGAGAGCAGGAGGUGACCAUGCUGAAGCGGGCGAUGGAGGACGAGAGCCGUAACCACGAAGCCCAGGUGCACGAGAUGAGGCAGAAACACACCCAGGUCGUGGAGGAGCUCAACGAGCAGCUGGAGCAGUCCAAGAGGGUGAAGUCCAACCUGGAUAAGGCCAAGCAGGCCCUGGAGAAGGAGACGUCGGAGCUGCACAUCGAGAUCCGCUCGAUCAACACAGCCAAGCAGGACGUGGAGAACAAGAAGAAGAAGCUGGAAGGCCAGCUGGGUGACCUCCAGUCCAAAUACAACGAGGGGGAGAGGCAGAGGACAGAGCUGAACGACAGAGUCUCCAAAAUAACUGUGGAAUUGGAGGGUGUGACCAACCUUCUCAAUGAAGCAGAGGGUAAGAACAUCAAGCUGAGCAAAGAUGUGGCCAGUCUGACCACUCAGGUCCACGACACACAGGAGCUGCUGGCCGAGGAGACCAGACUGAAGCUGCAGUUCUCCACCAAGCUGCGGCAGAUGGAGGACGACCGCAACGGUCUUCAAGAGCAGCUGGACGAGGAGGCAGAGGCCAAGAGGGCCGUGGAGAGACAUGUCACCACAUUAAACAUCCAGCUGUCAGACUUCAAGAAGAAGCUUGAGGAUAUGUCUGGAAACGUAGAGGCGCUUGAAGAGAACAAGAAGCGACUGCAGCGCGAUCUUGAGGCUUCCAACACACAGUUUGAGGAGAAGGCAGCAGCUCAUGACAAGAUGGAGAAGACCAAGAACAGGCUGCAGCAGGAGCUGGAGGACGUCCUGAUGGAUCUUGACAACCAGAGGACCGUCGUCUCGAACCUGGAGAAGAAACAGAAGAAGUUUGACCAGAUGUUGGCAGAGGAGAAGAGCAUCUCCAGUAAGUACGCUGAUGAGCGAGAUCGGGCUGAGCAGGAGGCCCGUGAGAAGGAGACCAAGGCGCUGUCUCUGGCCCGGGCACUGGAGGAGGCUCAGGACUCACGCGAGGAGCUGGAGAGGGUCAACAAAGGCCUGAAGGCUGAGAUGGAGGACCUGGUCAGCUCAAAGGAUGACGUUGGCAAGAGCGUCCACGAGCUGGAGAAGUCCAAGCGUGGCCUGGAGGCCCAGGUGGACGAGAUGAAGACUCAGCUGGAGGAGCUGGAGGACGAGCUGCAAGCAGCAGAGGAUGCUAAGCUGCGCCUGGAGGUCAACAUGCAGGCCAUGAAAGCCCAGUUUGAGAGGGACCUGCAGGGCAGAGACGAGAUGGGAGAGGACAAGAAGAGACAACUUGUGAAGCAGGUGCGUGAGCUUGAGACAGAGCUGGACGACGAGCGCAAGCAGAGAGCCAGCAUGGCCGCCGCCAAGAAGAAGAUGGAGGGAGACGUGAAGGAUCUGGAGGACCAGAUCGAGACCUCCAAUAAGGGCAGAGAUGAGGCCAUCAAGCAGCUCCGCAAGAUCCAGGCCCAGAUGAAGGACUACCAGAGGGAACUGGAUGAUGCUCGCUCUGCCAGGGAGGAUGUUCUCUCCACCGCCAAGGAAAGUGAGAGGAAGGCAAAGAGUCUGGAGGCAGAACUGAUGCAGCUGCAGGAGGACUUGGCUGCCGCAGAGAGAGGAAAGAAACAAGCAGAGGCUGAGAGAGAUGAGCUUGCUGAUGAGCUUACCAGCAACACCUCUGGAAAGUCAGCCCUUGCAGAUGACAAGCGGAGGUUGGAAGCAAAGAUUUCUCAGCUGGAGGAGGAACUGGAGGAGGAGCAAAGCAACACGGAGAUUGUCAAUGAUCGACUGAGGAAGAGCACGCAACAGGUUGACCAACUGACCAAUGAGCUUCAGUCAGAGCGCUCCACGUCCCAAAAGAAUGAGAGUGCACGGCAGCAAAUGGAGAGGCAGAACAAAGAACUUAAAGCCAAAUUACAGGAGAUGGAGAACCAAGUCAAGUCCAAGUUCAAGUCCUCCAUCUCCGCCCUGGAGUCCAAAGUGGCUCAGCUGGAGGAGCAGCUGGAGCAGGAGAGCAGAGAUAAGCAGACUACUGCCAAGGCCAUGCGUCAGAAGGACAAGAAGCUGAAGGACCUGAUCAUUCAGGUGGAGGAUGAGCGGAAGCAAGCAGAGCAGUACAAAGACCAGGCGGACAAAACCAACGUGCGGAUGAAGCAGCUGAAGAGGCAGCUCGAGGAGUCAGAGGAGGAGUCCCAGCGCAUCACUGCUACCCGCAGAAAACUGCAGAGAGAGCUGGAGGAGGCCAUUGAGGCCAAUGACAACAUGACGCGCGAGGUCAACUCUCUCAAGAGUAAACUCAGACGGGGCAACGAGCCGUCCUUCAGCAGCACGCCCCGGCGCACUGGUGGGGGCGGCCGGAGAACAAUGAUGGACAGCAGUGAUGCAGGUGAGGACGCUGGCGACGUGGGAGGCGAUUACAACGGAACGAAGGGAGAGUAGAGCUGCCCAGCGUCCACCCCAUCGCCCCCCUCUCCUCUGCUGUUUCAUAGACCUGCCCCAUCCAUUCUUAGCACACACACACACUGAAAUUACCUUUAGCUUGCUGGCCAUGCCAAAGCACUGCAUUAAGGCUUCCUUUCACCUCAUGCUGCCCUGUAGUCCAUAGACCUUCUGCAACAUGUGGACAUGGCUAAAUGUUAAUUUAUAUAUUUGUUCCUGCAUGAGCAUGACAUUGGUGGCCCACAAGGCCCAAAUGUUGGCAGUCUCCAAAGAGUAUAAAACAAAACAAAUUUUAUUAUUACAUAACUAUUUUUCCCCACUGUACUUUUCAUUAAACUGCACUGAACUAUUUUAGAAAAUUGGAUAAUUGUGUAUUUUAGUGAUUUACACUUUCUCAGGUACAUCUUAUUGCUUUUCACUUGCGGGGAUACUUUUUUUUCAAAUUUGGAAUGCUUCAGUAGCUUUUAAAGAUCUUAGUAAUGAACACAUAUGUCAAUAAGGAAUGUGUUCCUCAAAGGAUGAACUUCAGAUAAUGAUGAAUGAUAUUUGUGUUGACAGUGACAUUUCCCAUCUCCUAAAUUAAAAUAGACAGAGGCAAUAUCAGCAUCCCCAAGAAACAUUUUCUCUGCACUUUAGUGCAUCACUUCUGUAACCUUGUCUAAACAAUGGACUAGUUGCACGAAAGGCUCUCGGUGAGCUUGUUUGAUUCCUGUGGAGCCAGGUGUGUUUGAACCUCCCGCUAUUCUGAAUGUAAUUAGUGUCUUUACGUCCUUUUUUAUCGUAACGUGCUGAUUCAUUAGGUACAACACCUAACCGAGUCCGUGUAGACACUAAUUACAUUCAGAAUAGCAGCAGGUUCAAACACACCUGGCUCCACUGGAAAUAAAUUAGCUCACCGAGAGCCUUUCGUGUAAUUAGUCAAUUAAUGCCAGAAAAUAACAACAGCAACCAACAACUUGGUUGGUCAGGCUUAGGUUUCAAAUCAGACAUUUGAGUCAUUACCCUCUUUCACUCCAAGGUAACAAAGUGAUGUGCAAUCAUAUUCCACCCUGUAUCACGCAUAUUCUAUACAAACAACUGGUCUCUUCUAGUAACUAAUUUAAUAUAAUCUAAAUAUAUCCUCCGAGCUGUACCACUUCACUAAAACUACAUCAGUUAUUGUAUUUUACAUAAAUUGGCAUAAAUGUCACUAAAAUUAUGAAUUUGUGAAACCACUUGCACUUAAAAUAAAGUUUGACAAAAGCC